GCACAAUCCCCCAGAUCCGGCAGUGCCUCGUGCAUCCUUUGUCCCUUGUAAGCACAUCGCGCCUUGCGCAUCGAACCUGUAUCCUCUACCACCAAAUCGCAUCUUACAUCGCCGACGUACCCACGACAGAGAUUGCUGUGGACUUCACACGAUACAAGACAUGGUCGUUCCAAUUCACCACCGUCCCCUCCGCGGCUUCCCAAGAUACAGCCCUCACGUCCUCGUUCUCUACUACCUUCACAACCACCUUCUCUCCCUCUGGGAAGCCAUCUAUCCCUCCUCAUCUCAUAAUCUCAAUCUCAAAUACAACGCAGGAGCGGACACAAUUCAAGUGUUGUGGUACGAUCUACUCCUCACCCACCCCCGUCUCGAAACCACCUUCCAGACGCUGCUCUCCGUGCUCCCAACCCUCCACUCCCUCCUAACCCAUGUCAUCGUAACCAUAAUUCUUCUCCUCCCCCUGUACAUCCUCUACCGCAUCUGCCUCGCCAUCUCAACUUCCCUCUCGUCUUUACGUCUCCGUCUUGAGAAUAUAGCAAACGAACCAGAGAAGCGAAUCCUGGUUUGGGAAGAUGAAAAGAAAGAGGAAGAGAGGAAUCCUUUUUGGAAGUUUGAUGCAAUAUAUCAGGAUUGCAAGGAGUGGGUGUGGGAUAAUAUUUUUGUGUCAGAAGAGGAGGAGGAGGAGGAUGAUUGAGGGGUAUGGAAGUAGUUAAUAGGCAAAAGAGGAAAGAAGAAAGAAGAAGGGACUGUAUUGGGGUCUUGAGGUUUGUUUCUGCAGAGCUGAUUUAGGAAAUGGAAAGGAAAGGCAGGGAGAUAUGUUAAGACGCUUUGGAAACCUGCGUGCCUUGUAGACCUCAGAAUCAAAGUUUUCUUG